AUGGCGACUGGCCUCUCUCACAGUCACCUCCUCAGUAUCCACACACCACAGCAUAGCCAUAACUAUAGUUGUUUUUGCGAUUCAACCAACCUGUUUCAUAACCCUCAAAUACUCGUACGAAUCCCUAAUUUUUCAGCUCAUCUUCGGACAGUCCCUAAAUCAUUACCUCGAAAAAACCUUGGUACUCCACUUGAAACCUCAACCCCCCAAUCCAAGCCUCCUAUAUCUGAUAAUCGGCUGAAGAGUCCGGACCCAAACCCGCAUUCCGACUCAUCUUUCUUCAAUUUGUUCUUUCUACGUCUUCAAUACUAUCGUAAGGGGCUAAGAUUUGAUGCACUUGGAUUGGAGAUUCUUUCAAUUGCAUUGCCAGCUGCAUUGGCUCUUGCCGCUGAUCCUAUUGCUUCCCUCGUCGAUACUGCAUUUGUUGGUCAUUUGGGAUCAGUUGAACUGGCAGCAGUUGGUGUAUCGAUUUCAGUGUUUAACCUCGUUUCCAAAUUGUUUAAUAUUCCUUUGCUCAACAUCACAACCUCCUUCGUUGCCGAAGAGCAAGCAUUGGUUAAUAAGAGCACCAAUGUGUCUAAUCAAAUUGUCGAAGAUCGCAUGGCUGAACCCCAAAGCAAGAUACAACUUCCUUCAGUGUCAACUUCUUUAGCACUAGCUGCUGGCCUUGGCAUUGCAGAAGCUAUAGUACUUUCUGCUGGCGUGGGUUUCUUCAUGAAUACCAUGGGUAUACCUGUUAUGGGGUUAUUUAAAAUUUUGAUGCUAGCUGUCCACCUAAGAUGA